GGCGUGGACGCAGUGUCCACAUGGGGCCCCGGAGCUGCCCUGGGGAAUAUGAGCCUGCUGUCCUGCUGGGGACAGGUUACAGGUUCCUGCUGCUCGCCAGCGCCAGGCCCGGCACUUGCGGCCUGGCCCUGGCCCAUUAAGAGCCUCCGGGCUGCGUCAGAGGCCUCGGUGCCCUGGCAUGGUGCUGCCUGUUUGGGGGCUCCUGCCUAGGGCAUCGGUGCCAGUCCCUUGGAUGGCCUCCAGGAUGGUGAUCUCCGCCCACCCCAAAAUUCUGCUGCAGCUGAUACAAAAAGACCAGCCUGGAGGGCCAGGAGCAAGGGUCCGAGAGAAGGUCCUGGAGGAGUUCCUUUGCGACCAGAAGUACAGCGAUGAGGAGAACCUGCCGGAGAAGCUGGCGGCCUUCAAAGAGAAGUACAUGGAGUUUGACCUGAACAACGAGGGUGAGAUUGACCUGAUGUCUCUGAAGAGGAUGAUGGAGAAGCUGGGGGUGCCCAAGACCCACCUGGAGAUGAAGAAGAUGAUCUCAGAGGUGACGGGCGGCGUAAGCGAUACCAUCUCCUACCGAGACUUUGUGAACAUGAUGCUGGGGAAGCGGUCAGCGGUCCUCAAGCUAGUCAUGAUGUUUGAAGGCAAAGCCAACGAGAGCGGCCCCAAGCCGGCCGGACCCCCUCCGGAGAGAGACAUUUCGAGCCUGCCCUGAGGACCCAGGCCUCCAGCCCGCCCCGCCCGGUCUCCCUGCCCUUCUUUCCUGACUCCUUGGGAUUUGUCCCACUCUGGCUGCUGUGGGCUUGUGUGUUUACUUAUCAAUCUCUUUGUAAAGCACAAAUUAUCUGCCUUGAAGGGCUCUGGGUUCGGGACUCCUGGGCCCCAGGUUCCCCCCAUUCCCUGUCUUUUUCCUGCCUUUUCCCAGCCUUGUGCAGAAGGGCUGAUACCAAACCAAAAACCAGCGAGGGCGGGGCCGGGGCAGGGAGGCCGGCAACGUGCAGCCUGCGCCCAGAGGCGCUACCUCCGUCUUCCCAGAAUGCCUGUGGCCCCCGCCCACGGUCCCAGGAGCCUGGAGCAGAAAGGGCCUCUUUCGGGUUCCCUUGCAUAGCCCCACGCUUCUGAUGUUCUUCGGUACCCUGGAUGUGGCCACUCAGUGCCCCCACCCCACUGAUCCCCCCUUGACACACCCCGCUGGUCGCCCCCAAGCGCGUGACACAGGUGGGAAGGAAGGGAGCUUGGCUGUCCUUGCCCUUCAAGAAGGAACCGGAAGGAACCUUCUGGCCUUGCUCCCUGGCCACACCUCCCUGUUAGAGAAGCGAAGGGCUUCAGAGGCAGAGGUGAGGCUAGGGGCCCCAGGGAGGGUCAGCCAGGAAGUUCCAGCUUGCAGGGAGGACCCAGAGGGCCCCAGGAUGGGAGACAGAGGAGAAUGCUUGUGCAAAAGCCAGCACCCCUGGUAGCCAGGAGUUAAAUAACAGGUCGUCGUUCUGAUCGCAAGCGCUUGAGGCCCGACUGCUUCCUCCCUUUCCCUUCCUACCCUGCUCGUGCUGUUCACACGUUCAUGUACUCAUUCAGCAUAUUUAUUGAGCACCUAUUAUGAGCUUUAAGCCCUUCCACUUUGCCCUGACCUGGGCUGUGUCCUCUGUCUCUCUAACUCACCUUUCCCAUUCCAGUUGCUCAAAACCUUGAGCCUUGGGAUUGGACCUAGCCACUUGUGCCCUUUGUUAGGGAUUCAGGAUUUCAGAGCCCUCUUCGGCCCUGUAGGUGAGCUGGGCCCCCCCACUCUCACUGUGAUGGCCCACUGGGGUCCACUGCCUUGCCCAAGGUCAGGGGUGAAUCUGGAGACAGAUGAGCCUGCCCACGCCUCACCUCUGCUCUGGCUGCCUUAGCGUUGCAAGCAGGGAAGCGGGCCGAGGGCCAAAGUCCUGGGCCAGCACUCAGGAAGGCUUCUCUCACCCUGAAGGCCAUGGGCUUCCCAGUCAGCGUCAGGGCUGGGUGAGGGCAGGCCUGCUCUGCAGUUCUGGCUUCCUACAGCUUCUAGGCCCUGGCUCCGGGACCUGCUCCUCAGAACCCGUGUAGGCAAGUGUCAGACAGUCCCGACUGUACCUGUGUUCUGGGAUCCUUAUCUGUGCCCUCAGGACAUAGAUAUGCUCAUUCACUGCAUAUACUUAUUAAGCUCCUGCUAUAGGCCAAGAGCUCAUAACUCAGCAGUCAAACAGACAGCUCGUGGAAUUUACCGUGCAGUGGGGAACAAAGACCCAGUGACACAGGGACGAAUAUUAGGAAGUGGGGGAGGCCCAAGGGUGAUCGCCUUAGACAGGGGCAAGAGUCUUGCAGAAACUUUGACAAAAGCUUAUGGACAGGGCAACUCACUUGGGAUCCUUCCUGUCCCCCAGGAGCUAUUCCUGUUCCCCAAUAAAUUUUCUUUUUUUUUUUAAACCUUCAGAGCUGGGGCCUCUUGGAGCUACUCUGGGUUUCCUGUGGCUCCUGUAGACCCACAGUCAAGGCCCAGGGUGCUGCCCCAGUAGCAGCUUACGGGAGUAAAACAGGUAGGACGUAAGGACAUGGCCAAGUCACACCAGUCCUCUGGUCUCAGCCAGCUAAAGAGCAAGAUCGUGUGGGUAUAACUGGCUGACCCUGUCUGAGGGAUACACAGGCCUAGUUGAAGUUUAAACCCCAGCACAACAUUCCUCCCUGUAAAUAUAAAAUCCUGCUGCCUACCCCCACCUACUCCUACCUUUGUGGAGCCUUUUUUUUUUUUUUGAGACAGAUUAGCAACUGCCUCCUCUCUUCCUGAAGGAAGAUAAGCUUUUUUUUUUUUUUUGAUUCCCCAUCCCAUUCAGUGUGGCUGUUCCUCAGAGAGACGAAGAACCAACCAGGCUUAUUUCAGUGGGUUCCACAGUCUGAGAUAUGGAAAAGAGAGGAAAUGGAAAACCCCUUCUGUCACUGCAGGGGAUGAGGGAACCCCAUCAGCUCCUUCACCAGCUCUUAGAACUCAGCCCUGGGGAAACAGACUCAAUGUGAGCCCUGGACAGGGGGUCUGUGUGUAUUUUGGGUUGUGGCUGCUGGCCCUUGGCCUCAUUUCUCUAGCUAAGGGCUCCACUUUCUUGGACCUUCAACUAUCUUCUUUCUGAAAAAGACCAAAUCUAACUAAUGUAACCAGCAACGUGGGGACUGCUAAGUAUGGCUUUGUCCCCUUGAUUCAAAAGGAAAGUUUGUCAGGCAAAUUCAUGUGACUGAAGUUUGUGUGUGUGUGUGUGCACGUGUGCAUGUGUGCACAUGCCUGCACUGGGCGGGUGUGCAUGGAAGUGUGUGGGGGGUGGGGUAUCAGCUCUACAGAUUGGAAUAAACCAGACAAACUGAC